AUAUAUAAAUUGAAUUAUAGUGUUUGUUUUUGUCCAAAAGAGGGCAUUCGAGAUACCAUAACAACAGAAUCUGAUCUAAACAUAACAAUUAGAAUUUUAACACCAAGUUUGUAACGCGAGUUUGCAUUUGUUCAUUUUUCGUGAUAUAUGGACGUGAAGCAAGAGAAUUUCCUGUUGACAGUGUAUUACUAAUAGUAAUACUAGUAAUUAGGAGAAGCUAAAAUGAUAAUAAGAAAUUAUAAAGUGGCUUUAUAAAUACUGCAACCUGAAAAGAAGAAAUUGUUGCUACAAGCAAACCUAAGAGAUUAACAAUGAUUGUUGGUCAUAAAAGAAAUGAUGAUGAUGAAUCUGGAAGUGACUGGGAUAGUAUGUCAGAAGCACCACAACCUGUGCCAGUUAAUUCAUUGAAAAGAGAAGUAGAAUCCACCAGAAGCACAGAAAAAGAAAGUAAACCAUCAAAGAAUAAGAAAUUCGAGAGAGAUGAGAAAACUGGGACACUUAUUUUCACAGAUCCAAAGUUGAAACAAAAAGAAAAACAAAGUCCUGCAAAGCUUGCUUCCAAAGAAGAGGACUUUGAGAACCAGACUCAACAGAGUGAACAUUCAGAUUCUUCUCAUUCUGAAAAUAUUGAUGUAAAAGAAGAUCAUGAGGAAGAUAUAAUAAUAGAAAAAGCUAAAAAAAGAGUAAGCCACAAGAAAGAUGGACCUUCAUGGAGCCAGCUUCUAAAUAAGAAACUAUAUGCACCUUCAAUUAAUGAUAACCAACAUAUUAAAGCAGCUGAAGAAAGUCAUGUUACCGUUAACAUAUCAGAACAGAAUACCCCAUUUUCUGUAGAAAAGAAGGUUGACAACAACAAGCAAUGGCAAGUACCAGUGUACACAGAGGAAGAAGACUCUUAUAGCCCUAAACGAAAAAUUAAAUAUUUCUUUGAUCAUGGAAAUCCAAGUUGCUACAGUGUGGAACAAGAUGUUGAAAUUCAACUUGCCACAUUAGCUGAUCGGUCACAAUCUGUUGGACAUCAGUUCUGGGGAGAGUUGUUUACAGCAAUACAAAUUCCUUUAGAUUUCAUCAUUGCCUUGCUCCUGGAAUUACUGGGAUUUUGUAUCUGUCUUCUUCAGAGACUACUGGUUGGUGCUCUUCAUCGCCUUGGAGACCUGUUGCUGAAACCUGUAUUGGCUGUAUUUUUUAAUAGUAUUCUAUAUCCAAUAGGCAUUUUUCUUUGGAAUUCUUCAACACUUAUUUUAAACAUCCUCACCCCCUUACUGGAUAUACUGAAAAAUCUUACUGAAAUCAUUGCUAUACCAUUAAGAGCAUUUCGACUAGUGGAAAUAAGAAAUGAAGUUUACCCUAAAUAUGGAAGAAGAAACCAGAGCAGUAAGAGGCUGGAGGAUAUAUGAUAGCUGUUUAAGACAGAGAAAAAUGUUUAAUGAACUACUCUGUCCUUUAAUAUGAAAAUAUUAUUGUUUUUGAUUAAUUUGAAAGUUUACAGCCAUGUCUGUGAGCUAGUUUGUUAACUGCUAUUUCUUAAAAUGUACUGUAUUAAUCUGUUUGGAUAGCAACUAAAAUAUAAAUUUUAUUAAAAUGUAAGUAGCAUGUGUAGGACUCUUGAACUGAAUCAUUUAUCAUGUAAAUUUAUUUUUUGAGCAUCUUUGUGAUAAAUGACAUCACUCUAUGACCUUCUAAGUAACUCUUCCAAUUAAACCAAGAUACUUGUUUGGAAUAAUCUCAUAACUGAUUCCAUUGUGUAAAUUUGUAAUGUUGUUUGAGGUUUUAGUGCUUUUCGUAUAUAUAAACCUUGUUUUGUGGUAGUUGAUUUAAAAGGGUCAAAGUUCUUAACAUAAUUGUCCCACGGUGGGACGGCGGUAAACUUAUGGACAUAGAAUGUUAAAACCUCAGGCUUGAUUCCCCUUGGUGGACACAGCAGAUAGCCCAAUGUGGCCUUGUUCUAAAGAAAAAAGGCAAACAAACAAACUUAACAUAAUUAUCAAGGAAUGGUAGUCUUAAUGGAGGUUACCUUUCUACAUGGUUUUGUUUAUCACAGUAUUUCACAAAGCAUCCAUAAGAUAAUGCUAUUGAUUCAAUUAAUGUUUACCUAUAGAUUUCACUAAUAUGCUCAUCUGAGCCAGAAAUUAUAGUGCUUGGCAUUAAAGUAAAGCAGAAACUUUCUAGAAAUAUAAAUAUUUUAUGAUUGGUUAUGCCAAAUUGUUUGUACAUUCUAAGAAAGUCAAAAUCUUAUCCCAAUUUGCUACUUUCUAAUUUGACUCCUUGAGCUUCUUGUAAAACAACUAUGCCCAGAUAAUACUAACAACUGUUAUGUAUUAUCAAUGUUUCAUUAAUAAAAAUAAAUAUCUUGCCUUUUUUUUAUACUAACAAUGGCUGGCUACAUUCCUCUUGGAUGUACAAAUGUAGCAAACUUGCAUGUAAUUGAUGAAACCUGUAUAUUAAUAUGUAAGCAAUAAAUACAUGGUUUGUUUUUUUGCUGUACAAGUUACUUGUGUAUGCUGUAGUAAUGCAGAGCGCCAUCUCGCCCAUUGAUAGAUAAUGAGUUGCUGUGAAAGACCUAUGCUGGCCAACUUAUUUUAUAAAUAAAUAACAGGACCACUUUAUGAGUGCUGAAAAACUAAAAGUGCAUAUUUUUUUAAUUAUAUGAAUUCACUUGUAAAAUAUGUUUGACAAUUUUGGAAUAUUAAAUUGACCUAAGUAUA